CCCGCGGGAUCGCGCCUCCCGCUCCCCCGGGCAUCGCCCCGCGGUCCCGGGUGCGCCCAUGGACGGGUUCGUGGUUAAACUGCCCCGCGGGCAGGCGGGGGACGGCGGCGGGAAGAGGCCCCGGCUGGAGGAGCCCGGCCCGGGGCGGCCGCCGCCGCGGGAGAUCCGCGCCGAGGGGCUCAGCUGCGAUUACCGCAUCCUCUUCGGCAAGGCCGAGGCGGACGAGAUCUUUCAGGAGCUGGAGAAGGAGGUGGAGUAUUUCGAAGAUGACUUGACAAAACUGCACGUAUUUGGCACGUGGCACAAGAUUCCCAGGAAGAAGGUCACCUACGGAGACCCUGGCUUGUCCUACACUUACUCAGGGGUCACAUUCCACCCUAAGCCGUGGAUCCCGGUGCUGACCCGGAUCCGGGAGCGCGUCACCUCGGAGACAGGGCACACCUUUAACUUCGUCCUUAUCAACAGGUACAAAGACGGCCUGGAUCACAUCGGCGAGCACCGGGACGACGAGAAGGAGCUGGUUCCCCGCAGCCCCAUCGCCUCCGUGUCCUUCGGAGCCUGCCGGGAUUUCGUCUUCCGGCACCGGGAUCACCGGGGGAAGGGAGGGAUGCCGGGCACGGGCAGGAUCACCCUGCAGCUGGCCCACGGCAGCCUGCUCCUCAUGAAGCACCCCACCAACGUGUACUGGUACCACAGCCUGCCCCCGCGCAGGAGGGUGCUGGCUCCCAGGAUCAACCUUACCUUCAGGAAAAUCCUGCCCAGCGCCACCAGGCAGGGAAGCGUUCAGCCAUCGGGGCCUUCGGGCUCUGAAAAGUGAAGUUUUGGUCCCUGCUGGAACUGUGUGGAUUCCCCCUGUGGUGAUCCAAGGAGCAAAUAAAUAGGCACUAGAAAUAGGUAAUUCUGCUGCUAAAGACUUUGGGCGCUGAUCUCAGGGGCAAGGUUUGUUGCUGUGGUCCUGCUGAUCCCUAUUUUUGCUGGUUGCUACCCUUGUUUUGCUGGGGAAGAAGUUUGUUCUCAGCUGAUCUUUGUCUAAGCAGCCUUCCAAGAAGAUGAAAAUGCUGCAUGGCCUGGAGGCAGCAGUUCAUGAACACUGUGAGCCACAAGCUGGUGGGUGAAGCUUUCUGGCAACGAGCUCUGGUUUGCUUGGGGUUUUUUUAAUUAAAAUAAAGCAAAAAUGAGCCUGAGGUGGAGAAGGGGAGUGCUGAGGUGUGAGGACAGGGAGUGCAGUGUGCCUGGAUGGGUGUUUGAGUUGCUGUGACUCCUGUCUGUCUGAAUUCCUCUGCUCCAGGAUGAGGCUGCUCUUUGCAGGAGGAAGCACAAGAUUUUUCCUCGCUCAGAUCCUUUGUACAAAAAACAGGCAGCAAAAAAUGCCCCUGUGGGGAAGAGCUGGGUUGUCCCAUUUCCACUGGAAGGCUGUCACUCUGGGAGUGUGUUUUCCUAAGUAAUUAUCCCUAGGGAUCCCAUCCUGACUCCCUGAAAGCCAUCACCUUCCACGCCCGCAGGAAAUCCUGCUGAAAACGAGGGAAUUCUGGCCAGUCCCCAAGAGAUCUUGAGGCAUCAGAAGUGGCAAGUCCUGGGUGAGAAUGGGAACCAAAUCCUGUGUAACCUGGCUGCAGCCACUGGAAUUCGUGCUGGGCUCUGGCCUUCAGUGGUGGCUCCGUUAUUCCUAUGGAAUUAAGGCCUGUGCAGACAAUUGGGAGUUGGUACUUCCCACCCUCUGCCACUCUGAGAUGCUCUGUGGAGCUCCUGCAGAAAAUCCUUUAUCCAGGGCUUGUGAAGUGUUGUUUCAACCCCUUUGGCUCCCAGCUUGGUGUUUGUUUCAAGACAUCCCCACGCUGAUUUUUUUUCUACCAAGUUUGUUCUUUUAUUGCUACUGUACAGUUACAAAAAUACCCUGAAU